AUGGAGAAAGCCUUCAGUUCUUUUCUCUUAAUAGUACUCUUGUUGCUUCACUAUGUCAUGGCUAGUUCAGACAUGACAAAAACAAAUAUUACCAUUGAUCAAUUCGCUCUUCUCGCUUUGAAAUCCCAAAUCAUUUCCGAUCCCUUUCACUUCUUGGAUGAAAGUUGGUCUCCCGCUACGUCCAUUUGUCAUUGGGUUGGAGUCACUUGUGGCACUGGUCACCAGCGAGUGAAGUCCUUGAAUCUUUCCAACAUGGCUCUUACAGGCAGGAUUCCCCGGGAAUUUGGAAACCUCUCAUUUCUUGUUUCUCUUGACUUGGAAAGCAACAAUUUCCAGGGUAAUUUGCCUCAAGAAAUGGCACGACUGCAUCGACUUAAGUUUCUUAGGUUAAGUUUCAACAGCUUCAGCGGGGAGGUUCCUUCUUCGUUUGGAUUUUUAGACCAAGUUCAAGUUCUAAGUCUUAGGAAUAAUAGUUUCACCGGCUCCCUUCCCUCUUCAUUUUUUAAUAUUUCAAAGCUUGAAAUGUUGAAUUUGGCAUUCAAUUCCUUAGAAGGUCAUAUCCCUGUGUCUCUCGCGAAUGCCUCAAGCUUAUCAGGAGAUCUUCCCAAUGGUUUAUGCAAUGGUGUCCCAAUACUCAAAGGGCUUUAUUUGUCCAUAAACAAGCUUCGUGGUCAUAUGCCUACGAGCUUAUCAAAUUGUUCACAACUUCAAAUUUUCUCUUUAUCGGAAAAUGAGUUUGAUGGACCAAUACAUAGUGAAAUUGGAAGAUUGAGUAACUUGCAGAUAUUAGGACUCGGAACUAACCAUUUCUCUGGGAUAAUUCCACAAGAAAUUGGAAAUCUUGUUAAUUUGAUGGAGUUAUGGAUGGAGGAAAACCAGAUGACCGGCUCAGUCCCAAUCUCCAUAUUCAAUAUCUCGGUGUUGCAGGUUUUUUCACUGUCGAGGAAUAAUCUUAACGGAUUCUUACCACGUAAAAUUGGCAACUUAACCAAGAUGCAAUUAUUAGAUCUUGAACAAAAUAGGCUUACCGGUGAAAUACCCAAAGAGAUUAGCAAUCUCAUUGAGUUGGAGGAACUUCAUCUUGGUCGUAAUAGAUUUAGUGGUCCUCUUACAAUGGAGAUCUUCAACAUAUCAGGGCUGAGAGGAACUUUUCAACAUCUCAUAAAAUUUUACGCCAACGGUUGCAAGAUCAAAGGUCGAAUUCCAAAUGAUUUCGGGAACUUAAGCAGCUUAUUAGACCUUGAUCUUUCUGCAAACAGCUUGGCGGGAUGGAUUCCAACAACAAUUGGCAACUUGAGAAACCUUCAGCGCUUCAGCUUGAGUAGCAACAAACUUACAAGAUUUAUUGGAGAUCAUAGAUGUAAAUUAGAGCAUUUGGGUGAUAUUUACUUGGGCCAAAAUCAACUCUCAGGAUUUCUUCCUAAUUGUUUAGGGAAAAUUUCUUCGCUUAGGGAGAUACAUCUCGAUUCCAAUAAAUUGAGUUCCAAUAUACCUCCAAGCUUAGGGAACCUUCAGGAUCUAGUGGUUCUUGACUUAUCAUCAAACAACAUGGUAGGUUCUUUACCUCCAGAAAUUGGAAAUCUAAAGGCUGCAACAUUGGUAGAUCUGUCAAUGAAUCAAUUCUCAAAUGAAAUUCCUAGAGAAAUUGGAGGAUUGCAAACUCUGGUGCACCUUUCUUUGAAACAUAACAAAUUGCAAGGAUCUAUACCUGACUCAGUGAGCAACAUGGUAGGUUUGGAAUUCCUAGACCUUUCUAACAAUAAUAUAUCAGAAAUCAUUCCUAUGUCUUUGGAGAAACUUCAAACCCUGAAAUAUUUCAAUGUUUCUGUCAACAAAUUGUAUGGUGAAAUAUCCUCGAGGGGUCCUUUCAAGAACCUCUCAAGUCAGUUUUUCAUCUGCAAUGAAGCAUUGUGUGGUUCUUCAAGGUUUAGUAUUCCUCCAUGCCCCACUUCAUUAAAGCAUAGAUUUAAUAGGAAAAAAGUGCUUGUUCUUUUUCUUUUGCUGGGAAUUGCACUAGUAUUUGUUCCAAGCAUUAUUGUUUUUUUAUGGAUAAGGUAUAGAAGAGGUAAAAGGGCUCCUCAACAACCUGAUUCAUUGGCUGCCAUAACAAGAGAAAGAAUUUCAUAUUAUGAACUGCUCCAAGCAAUUGAUGCACUUAGCGAGAGUAAUCUGAUUGGUUCCGGAAGUUUUGGAUCUGUUUACAAAGGCGUUCUCAGAAGUGGAACUGCCAUUGCAGUCAAAGUGUUCAAUCUGCAACUAGAGGAGGCAUUUAAGAGCUUUGAUAUGGAAUGUGAAGUUCUGCGCAGCCUUCACCACAGGAAUCUCGUAAAAGUCAUUACUAGUUGUUCCAACCUUGAUUUUAGGGCCUUAGUGCUCGAGUAUAUGCCAAAUGGAAGUCUUGAAAAGUAUUUGUAUUCUCACAACUACUUUCUCGACAUCAGGCAGAGACAAAGCAUAAUGAUAGAUGUUGCAUGUGCAUUGGAGUAUCUCCAUCAUGGGUGUUCGUCGGCUGUGAUUCAUUGUGAUUUGAAGCCUAGUAAUGUCUUGCUGGCUGAGGAUAUGGUUGCCCACCUAAGUGACUUUGGCAUUUCAAAACUACUUGGUGAAGAUGAGAGUGAUUUAUACACUAAAACUUUAGCAACAUUGGGAUAUAUUGCACCGGAGUAUGGACUGGAAGGACUAGUGUCAACAAAAUGUGACGUCUAUAGUUAUGGGGUCAUGUUGCUGGAAACGUUUACUAGGAGAAAGCCUAAUGAGUUUGAGGGAGAUCUUAGCUUGAAGCAAUGGGUGAGUUAUUAACUUCCUGAUGCAGUAAUGGAUGUCAUAGAUGCCAACUUGCUAACAUCAACUGGCAAUCGCUUACCGAAGGAGCUAGAUGUUGUGGCAUCAAUCAUGAAAUUGGCAUUAGA